AUGCUAGUGCGCUGUGUCAAAAUUCUCGUAGCGGUAGUGCUUAGCCUAACCUUUACCAUUAGCCUGUCGAAGCUGGUGCUCUGCGUUUGGAACGGCUGGUUUAACGCGGAUGCCGCGGAUUACGAAAUACUCGCGACCUAUCCGGGCGCCGGACGCCCGGGAACAUUCGAUGGCACGUCCCGGAACCGUCGCCACUCGAUCGUGGACGAAUGGCUCGACCAGAACCAGCUGGGCAAGUACAAGCAGCUCUUCCGUGACCGAGGUAUCUCUACACUGUCCAGCUGUAGGGAUCCAGAGCGCCUACCGGAGCUGCCACCGGGCGAUGAACAGCGUCUUCAGCGAGCUGCCUUGAAUCUACAACAGAAACUUAUUCUACGCGAGUGGCUUAAGGAGCACCGACUGCAGCAUCACUACUCGAGGUUGGUCGCCAUCGAGGUGACGGCGCUCGAGGAUGUGUACUGGCUGGAGGAUUCGCGGGCCAGCCAGAUCCUGGGCAAGGACUGGCCGGUGUGGUCGGGCGCACGGCAGAAGCUGCCCACUUCCAAGCCGAACCUGGAGGCCUUAAAAGCGGACCUGUGGUCGACGGUGGUCAAGUCGAGCCAGCACCAGGAUGCGUGGACCUGGGGCGGCAUGCUGGUGGUGUCGGUGUCCGUGGCCGGGCUGGUCACGCUGGCCGCCAUGACGCAGCCGUCGCUGGCGCCCGAAGCCCGCCACUCCCUCCUCCAGUACGUAACCGGGAAAUAUUUGCUUCCGGCCAACUGCAAGGUGCACUGGGACUGGCAGGAUCCGGCCCGGGUCGGUGGCACCAUGUGCUUCACGGUGCGGUUCCACCAGCGCAACGGUCAGGCCUACCCCAUCUGUGAUACGGAUCAGUUCUUCGUCGAGGUCACCGAGGGCACCCGAAAGAUCGUCACGAUCAGCGAGCUCGGCUCGCCGACCGAUCCGAACAACGCGAACAUCGCGAAGGUCAAGUUCACGGUGCGUACCGCCGGCCAGUACAAGAUCUCGGUGCUGAUCGGAUCCAGCCACAUCGCCGGCAGUCCCUUCGUGAAGACGUUCGUCCCAGGACCGAUGGAUGCGCGUCGAUCGCGCCUUAUCCGGCCCGCCAGCACGGUCGUCUGCUGUGCUGGGGCUCCGACGUUCCUGCACAUCGAACCACGCGACGAGCACGGUAAUCCGUGUCAGUUCGAUGCGGACUCCGAACCGAUCCGGGGCUACAGCAUCGACAUCUUCGAUCUGUUCGGACACCAGAGUGACAAGUUUGCCAGUGCGGUCACGUUCGCGUACGAUAAGGUUAACGCACGGAUCAGCCUGUCGGCACUGUUCCCCGAGCCGGUGUGUCUGCGGGCGGUCGUGACGUACGAGCGAAUCCCGAUCCCGAACGGGGACUUCGACAUCAUCGUCCUGAGCAGCAGCGACACGACGCUGGUGCACAAGAACAUUGCCUCGCGCAAACACAACAUCUGCUACGAGGCCAAACUGUUCAGCAUCUACGGCCAGCAGCGGUGGACCAAACCGCGGAAGGUGCUCUGCUACGUCGGGCCGAAGCAGGUCACCAUCAAGGAGAUGAUACUCAAGAUCAUUCCGAAACGCAUCGCCACCUUUCGCCUAUGCCCUUCGACCAAAUUCCAUUUUCUACCACCAUCGACCAUCCAGAUGAACAACAGCCACGGGGCGAUCUUCAUCAUCGACGACGGGUGCCAGCCGAAGAUCGAGCUGGCGUCCAAGGAGCGCAACGUGAUCGCGGCCACGUUCACGCACUUCCUGCUGAAGAACAUCGGCGGCUCGGAGACGUUCAAGGACAAGCAAGAUUUCUUCUACCACGAAGUCCGCAAGUUCCAUUCCAACUACUACCACGAGAAGCUGUCGCUGAAGGUGCAGCGGGACAAGAUCCUCGAGUCGAGCAUGAAGGCCACGAAGAACUUUUCCGUCUCCGAUUGGUGCGGCAACUUUGAGGUCACGUUCCAGGGCGAGCAAGGCAUCGAUUGGGGUGGACUGCGGCGCGAGUGGUUCGAGUUGGUGUGCAGUGCCCUGUUUGACCCCCGUGGUGGUCUUUUCUGUACAUUCCACGACAAACGUCAGGCCCUGGUACACCCGAACCCGAACCGACCGGCCCAUCUGAAGCUGAAGCACUUCGAGUUUGCGGGCAAGGUGGUCGGCAAGUGCCUGUACGAGUCGGCCCUCGGCGGAACAUACCGGCAGCUGGUUCGGGCUCGCUUUUCACGCUCCUUCCUGGCGCAGCUGAUUGGGCUGCGGGUCCACUACAAGUACUUCGAGCAAGACGAUCCCGAUCUGUACCUGUCGAAGAUCAAGUACAUUCUCGAGACGGACCUCGACACCAGCGACAACCUGGAGCUGUACUUCGUGGAGGAAAUGUACGACCAGAGUGGCCAACUGCAGAAGACCAUCGAGCUGAUACCGAACGGGUGUCGGGUGCGGGUGACGAAUGCGACCAAAAACCAGUACCUCGACGCACUCGCCCAGCAACGUUUGUGCAACAAUGUCCGCGAGGAAAUCGACAGCUUCCUCAAGGGCCUGAAUGGCAUCAUUCCCGAUAAUCUGCUGAGUAUAUUCGAUGAAAAUGAACUGGAGCUACUGCUGUGCGGAACGGGCGAGUAUUCGAUUGCCGACUUCCGAGCGAACCACAUCGUCAACGGAGGUUCGGCCGAGUUUCGUCGGGUGCUCGGCUGGUUCUGGGCAGCCGUCGGUAACUUUUCACAAACGGAAAUGGCUCGACUGCUUCAGUUCACCACCGGUUGCUCGCAGUUGCCUCCGGGUGGGUUCCAGGAAUUGAACCCAAGAUUUCAAAUCACCGCAGCCCCUACGUUUGGAAACCUGCCCACGGCACACACCUGCUUCAAUCAGCUGUGCCUGCCGGACUACGAAAGCUACGAGCACUUCGAAAAGGCGCUCAUGUUUGCCAUCAGCGAGGGCACCGAAGGAUUUGGCAUGGUUUGAGUCGUGGAUCCCUUUUCACCGAUUCCAGCAUUGGAAAUGGCACCAAUCCCUGUUACAGCCUUCUCUCCGGUGCCAAAUAUCUCGGAUACCCUACGAAAGCACUCUACACAUUCCUCCUCCGAGAGCCCUUUUAAACUCUCUCUCUCUCUUUCUCUUCGUCUAUCUCUAUUUCUACUCAUUCUCUUGACCUUUUAUCUAACUACUAUCUUUCCUUUGCCGUUCCGUCUGUGUAUCAGUGCCAAAUUCUGCUCCGAAGCAACACAAACCAGUAGAAGCUGCGAAUUUGGGCUCGUAUAGUAUUGUAGUGCGGAUGCAGACUAGCGAGAAGAACAUUUAAAAUCUCUUGGAACGACAUUUUAGCCAUUCGAUGCGAGUAUACCUAGUGCAAGGUUCUUGGCCGCGGUAUGCGCUUCCAGUAGUGUCUCGAUGCAGUUGCUUGCACCUUAUGUAUCCGUUCGAUGCUUUACCUAGCCACUAGCCGCCCUUCAUGGUAGUGUCGGGCGAGUGCAUCGUUACCGGUAGCAGUCACCAUAUCCACUCGCAAUGUAGCGGACCCAUUGACGAAUAUCAUUCCACUAUUUGUGUCACUCAAAUUUUAACUACCCCAUCGAUCGAUUGAUCUUCCCGGGCCGAAGCAGCAGCAGUGAAAGGUAUUAAACUCAUCCACGACGACGCAACAGUUCAGAAUUUAGCAACAUAAAACCAUACCGACAACCGAAUUGAAAGCGAACGGCGAUGAUUCUGUGAUACUUGGCAGGCGAAAUAAAAGGGACACAUCUUCUGGUACCAAAACAAAACAGAAAUCUAGGAUUACAGCGUACAGUUGCAGUGUAGGGACCGACAAGUGUGGAAAGGAUGAGACACACCUUCUCUCAAAUUGUUUUAAUUUACUCGUAAGGUGUACCGUUUAGUCACAAACAUAAUCAUUAAGCCGAUCCGCUUUUUUGCACCCAUCUCGUUUAGACUUAGUAACCCUAGCGGGCUACUUCGGUGGUUAGAUUUUGAAAAUUGGAAACAUCGGUUUCUAGUAGGCUGCGUUAUACGCAGGUUGAAUCGAUGCUGCCCCACAACUCUACAAACUAGCAAAAAACAGCAACUUACAGCAUAUUUGGUGGAGUUUAAAUGACUUGUGUCGAGGAGGAAGACGGUAUAGUCAGCUUUAAAGCAGCUCUAUUGCUUUCAUUCGAGUUCUAAAUUUAGAUGCUAACUAGUUUAAGUGCAUUAACCUCUUAAAUUGAAAAAAACCAUAGGGCCUACUAGGAUUUGAAAGCCGUAGCACCCGGGGCACACCCGUUUUUGAACGUACCAUGUUGGGGGGUUUCGUUGCGAUUUCGUAACAUUCGGAACGGGUUCGUGGAGCAUAACCGGCCAGCGUAUAAUACAAAUCGAAUUGACGUUGAGUAAGGUGAGUUUAGGAACGGCAGCGUUUUAGGUUUUUUGUAGUCCACUUGACAAAGCAUCAAGCCGUGCGUUGGGAUCGGUGUGGUCGGGCCUUUCUAGUAUUUGAGGAACGCAUCAAAACUGGUUCGAGUAGGUGUUUGAUGUAAACUUAGACUCUCGAGAAGCAAUAUGUAGUACUUUGUCCUACGGAAGGACCGACAAAAUGCUGUCGAUACGAGUGAAAGCUGAAAACGGCUGCUGCGAGCGCCAAAAAGCAUUAGACAAAAGCAAUCUCUUAGGACAUGAGGAAAAAUGUGUAACCAACAUACCAAGAGCAGCAAGAUGUAAGGAACAGUAAUGAAAUAAAUAUUAGAGCAAAUAAUC